UGCUGGGAUUGGGCGCACAGGAACUUUCAUUGUGAUUGAUAUCCUUAUUGACAUAAUCAGAGAAAAAGGCGUGGACUGUGACAUUGAUGUCCCCAAAACCAUUCAGAUGGUGAGGUCGCAGCGCUCGGGGAUGGUGCAGACAGAGGCCCAGUACAGGUUCAUCUACAUGGCAGUGCAGCACUACAUCGAGACGCUGCAGCGCAGGAUCGAGGAGGAGCAGAAGAGCAAGAGGAAAGGUCAUGAAUACACAAACAUUAAAUAUUCCCUAUCGGACCAGACGAGUGGGGAUCAGAGUCCUCUUCCACCCUGUACCCCAACCCCAACGUGUCCAGAGAUGAGAGAAGAUAGUGCUAGAGUAUAUGAAAAUGUGGGGCUGAUGCAACAGCAGAAGAGUUUCAGAUGAGGAGCUGUACAGAGCCUUCCAUGCCAAGGCAGAAAUGAAUAUGGUUUUGAAAAAGGUCAAGAGAUGGAAGAAGCUUCACAUGAAUGGUGAACUCUGAGGGCUUGGUACCUUUUUAUUUACAGUUUUAAUCCUUCGACAGUAGGCAAAACUUAAGACCUUCUAAAGAUUGUUUAUAUCUCUUCUCUUCAAUACCUGAUUUACAAUUGCUCGUUUCCCCAAAUAAAUGGAAAUCCUUUCUACAAUGUAGACAACAACUUUGUAGAGUCAGUUUUGAAUCCUGCAAACUGUUGGACUGUCAUCCAUUUGUUUUUUAAUUGUAUUUUUG